CAUCUCAACCCCGUGAAAAUGGAAGUCGCUUCGCCGAAUAGUGAUCAUUUGAACAAACGUUGGAAUCACUUGCGGAAAAUCCUGGAACGGUCCGGUCCAUUCUGUCAUCCUAACUUUGCUGCAUCUUCGGAAACUCUAGAAUUUUUGCUGAAUACUUGCAAAAUUCUCCUCUUAGGUGCCGGAGGACUGGGAUGUGAGCUGUUGAAAGAUCUGGCCCUGAUGGGCUUUCGUGAUGUUCACGUAAUCGAUAUGGAUACGAUCGAGCUUUCGAAUCUUAACCGGCAGUUUUUGUUCCGAAGGACGGACAUCGGCAAAUCCAAAGCACAAUGUGCGGCGGCCUUCAUUAAUGGACGCAUCCCGGGAUGUGUGGUUACCCCACACUUUUGCAAAAUCCAGGACUUUGAUACUUCCUUCUACCGGCAGUUCCAUAUCAUCGUGUGCGGCUUGGAUUCAAUCGUAGCUCGUCGGUGGAUAAAUGGCAUGCUAAUAUCGAUGCUGGAGUAUGAAGAAGAUGGUUCGGUCGAUGAAACGUCCGUCAUUCCUUUGAUCGACGGCGGUACGGAAGGUUUAAAAGGAAACGCUCGUGUGAUUCUACCCGGAAUGACGGCAUGCAUAGACUGUACGCUGGGACUGUUUCCCCCGCAGGUCAAUUAUCCACUUUGCACGAUUGCCAACACCCCAAGAUUACCCGAGCACUGCAUCGAGUACGUGAAGAUUAUUCAAUGGCCAAAGGAAACGCCCUUCGGUGUGGACAUUGCGCUCGAUGGUGACGAUCCGCAACACGUCACUUGGGUGUACGAGAAGGCACAGGAAAGGGCAAGUAGCUUCAACAUAACUGGACUGUCGUACCGUUUGGUGCAGGGAGUACUGAAGAACAUCAUACCAGCCGUUGCCAGCACCAACGCGGUGAUUGCGGCAGCGUGUGCAACGGAAGUGUUCAAGAUUGCUUCGAGUUGCUGUGAACCGCUGAACAAUUACAUGGUGUUCAACGACGUGGACGGUAUCUACACCUACACGUACGAAGCGGAAAAACGUUCUGACUGCUUGGCAUGCAGUCAAAUACCCCGGUCGGUGGAGAUUGCUGAUCCGAAUGGUAUGACAUUGCAGGACCUGAUUCAGCAUUUGUGCGAUAAUCCAGAGUUUCAAAUGAAAAGUCCGGGAUUGACCGCUGUGCUGGAAGGCAAAAACAAAACUCUCUACAUGGGAACAGUAAAGAGCAUUGCGGAGGCCACAAAGGGCAACUUGACGUUGUCCCUUAACGAGCUUGGACUGAAGGAUGGACAGCAAGUAAUGGUUGCCGACAUUACCACGCCGAAUACAAUCCUUAUUAAAUUGAAAUUUCAACCGAAUGAGAUAGAAAUGUCUUAA